AUGUUGCGAAGCUUGGCAAAAGCGGUGGCGGGCUCGCGGGGGCUGAGCACGGGCGCCCCACGCGCCUUCGACUUCCCCGAACCGUACAUCAAGGCGCGGCAAGUGUGGCUGGAAAGCCUCGACACGAUCGACGAGCGCAAAUUGGGGCUGCUGGAGCUGCACCCCAAGGUGUUCGGGGCGGCGCCCCGCAUCGACAUCAUCCACCAGAACGUGCGCUGGCAGACGCUCUACCGCUACGUGAGUUUCGCGCACACCAAGUCCCGCUUUGAGGUGCGAGGCGGCGGCCGCAAGCCCUGGCCCCAAAAGGGCACGGGGCGGGCGCGCCACGGCUCAAUCCGCUCGCCGCUCUUCAAGGGCGGCGGCGUGAUCCACGGGCCCAAGGCGCCCACGCCCCACUUCUACAUGCUGCCCUUCUUCACGCGCCUGCACGGCCUGACCAGCGCCCUAUCGGCCAAGUUCGCCCAGGACGACCUGCGAGUGGUCGACAGCCUCGACAUCCCCAGCGAGGAGCCCGACUACAUGCAGGAGCUGGUCAAGAGCCGCCUGUGGGGCCCCUCCGUGCUGUUCGUCGACAGUUGCGACAUAAUGCCGCGCAACAUCACGGCCGCCACCGACUCCAUCAAGCAAAUGAACCUGAUGCCCGUCUACGGCCUGAACGUCUACUCGAUGCUCAAGCACGACACCCUGGUGCUCACGAGGAGCGCCGUUGAACUGAUUGAGGACAAAUUGGUCGCCCAGUUGCACCGCAACGACUGCCGCCCCGUGCAGCGCCCCUAUCGGGUCAACCAAGUGUAACCAAUAAAGUAGUUGGGGCUUA